UAUGGAGAGGAGAUAAAUUACAAACAACCUUGAAGUGAAAAGUGAACAGUCAUGCAUCUAAAUCGCGAGGACGAGGAUAACAAAGGUUCCGUGUCCCUCAGCGUGUUCCUGGUGUCUCUGGGCCUGACGGUGUGUGUGGUGUGGCUGGUGGCCCUGUGUGGUGUCUGUGGCUGGUGUCAGCGCAAGCUGGGGAAGAGGAACAAACCUGGAGUGGAGACGGCGGGCACCCCGGACUCUUCCCGAGGCCGAGGGGAGAACAAAGGCCUGAAUGAUCUAGACAGGGACUUUUGGAAUAACAAUGACAGCAGCACCGUGCAGCAGCGGUGGAGCUCCUACCCGCCCAAGGAGUUCCUCCUAAACAUGUCCCCCUAUGCCCCCUACGGAGACCCACGCCUCACGCCCAACUUUGGGGACCCCUCCCUGUCCUCUGCCUCCACCCUGGAGCACAUCCCUUCCUCGGCCGCCCGCCCACGGCCCCUGGUGAGGCAGCAGAGCCUCCAGCAGCCCCUAUCCCACCAGCCUCCGCCGGGCCCCAACGACCCCCCGGCAACAUCUCAGAGCCUGGGCCAGCUCCAUACGGGGCCGGGCGGCGGGGGGAACCGGGGAGGUCCGCGGGGGGUGCGUGGUAGUCCGGCUGGAGCAGGGGCCUCGCGAUACAGGGGAGGCGGAGGAGGAGGGAGGUCUCGCUCAAACCCGGGCAGCGUGGACCACGUGAUGGGACAGAUUCGCCGGAGAGGACUGGACGUCAAGUCGUUCCUGGAAGGGAAGAUGGUGGUCUUAUCCCUGGCGAUCGGAUUGGCUGAACAAGAUGACUUUGCCAACCUUCCAGACCUUCAGGAGGCACCAGCGGACCAAGAAACACCAACCUCCGACAAGAGGGGCGCAAACAACAAGCCAGGAAGCAGCCCCAGGGGUCAGACUCCAGAUGAUGCCGGCCGCCGUCAGGACCCCAACUCCUCCGUGUCAGACCUGGCUAACUCACUGACUAGUGAUAUGCUAAAUCUGUCCCCCGGCUCAGAGGAGGAUGACCAUGAGGGUCCCAUAGUCGAGAAGCUCGGGCGCAUCCAGUUCAGUUUGGGCUACAAUUUCCAGGAUUCCACUCUCACAGUCAAGAUACUGAAGGGCCAGGACCUACCUGCCAAGGAUUUUUCCGGAACCUCCGACCCCUUCGUCAAAAUAUACCUGCUGCCUGACAAGAAGCACAAGCUGGAGACCAAGGUCAAAAGGAAGAACCUCAAUCCGCACUGGAACGAGACAUUCCUCUUCGAAGGAUUCCCUUUUGACAAGGUAGUCCAGCGCACAUUGUACCUGCAGGUCCUAGAUUACGACCGCUUCAGCAGAAACGACCCCAUCGGCGAGGUGUCCAUUCCCCUCAACAAAGUGGAGCUGGCGCACAUGCAGACCUUCUGGAAGGAGCUGAAACCGUGCAGUGAUGGCAGCGGGAGUCGAGGGGACCUGCUGGUGUCGCUCUGCUACAACCCCACUGCCAACACAAUCACUGUGAGCAUCAUUAAGGCCCGCAACCUCAAAGCCAUGGACAUCGGAGGAACCUCCGAUCCGUAUGUGAAGGUGUGGCUGAUGCACAAAGACAAGCGGGUGGAGAAGAAGAAGACGGUGGUGAUGAAGCGCUGCUUGAACCCCGUCUUCAACGAGUCCUUCCCCUUCGACGUCCCCGCCCACGUCCUGAGAGAGACCACCAUCAUCAUCACCGUCAUGGAUAAAGACAAGUUCAGUCGCAACGAUGUCAUUGGCAAGAUCUAUCUCUCCUGGAAGAGUGGCCCGGCGGAGGUGAAGCACUGGAAGGACAUGAUGGGUCACCCUCGUACGACAGUGGCCCAGUGGCACCCUCUGAAGGCCUGAGGCCCCCCCACUCCCAUACACCUGCCAAAACCCUGCCCGCAACUGCCCCCCCCUCCCCCCAAAACAAAUGAAGAAAGUCAUGUCUCCUCUCCUUUGUGCCCUGAACCCAGUCAAUAUGCACAAGGCUCUCGCUGCCAAACGGGUACAAAUAGCCAUUCACACAACCCUUUCUCACCUUAUCUCAUUUUCUCUCUCUCUCUCUUUCUCUCUCUUUCUCCCUUUUCUCUGUCAGCUACUCUCCUCUUGAACUUCAGUACAUUCC